GCGGGCACGUGGGGCGUGCUACGGUGGCCGAAAAAAUGCCGCAGGUGUGUUAGCAACUGGUCAAGAAGCAGCCACGGGUGGUACGGAGAACAUCGUAUUUCUAAUCCAGCUCCACAAAUUUAUAGAAGGGAGCCCCUGCAGCCGUCACCAUGGUGAAGGAGCAGUUCCGGGAGACAGAUGUGGCCAAGAAAAUAAGCCACAUCUGUUUUGGAAUGAAGUCAGCCGAGGAGAUGCGCCAGCAGGCUCACAUCCAGGUUGUGAGUAAGAACCUGUACAGCCAGGACAACAACCAUGCCCCACUGCUCUACGGGGUGCUUGACCACAGGAUGGGUACAAGUGAGAAGGACCGUCCUUGUGAAACCUGUGGGAAGAACUUGGCCGACUGUCUGGGCCACUAUGGGUACAUUGACUUGGAAUUGCCAUGUUUUCACGUGGGGUACUUCCGAGCAGUUAUCGGCAUCUUACAGAUGAUCUGUAAAACCUGCUGCCACAUCAUGCUGUCCCAGGAGGAGAAGAAGCAGUUUCUGGAUUAUCUAAAGAGGCCCGGCCUGACCUACCUCCAGAAGCGAGGGCUGAAGAAGAAAAUCUCUGACAAGUGCCGGAAGAAGAACACGUGCCAUCACUGUGGCGCCUUCAACGGUACUGUCAAGAAAUGCGGCUUACUGAAGAUAAUCCACGAGAAGUACAAGACUAACAAGAAAGUGGUAGAUCCCAUCGUAUCAAGUUUCCUUCAGUCUUUUGAAACCGCCAUAGAGCAUAACAAAGAAGUAGAGCCUCUCCUGGGAAGGGCACAGGAAAACUUGAAUCCCUUAGUAGUUUUGAAUUUAUUUAAACGAAUCCCGGCUGAAGACAUCCCUCUACUUCUGAUGAAUCCGGAAGCUGGAAAGCCCUCCGAUCUGAUUCUCACACGACUCUUAGUGCCCCCUUUGUGUAUCAGACCCUCUGUCGUGAGCGAUUUGAAGUCUGGCACCAAUGAAGACGAUCUGACAAUGAAGUUGACAGAAAUCAUUUUCCUAAAUGACGUCAUUAAAAAGCAUCGGAUAUCAGGAGCUAAGACCCAGAUGAUCAUGGAAGACUGGGACUUCCUGCAGCUGCAGUGCGCCCUCUACAUUAACAGCGAGCUCUCAGGCAUUCCCCUCAAUAUGGCACCCAAGAAAUGGACCAGAGGGUUUGUCCAGCGCCUGAAGGGAAAGCAGGGUCGAUUCAGAGGCAAUCUCUCAGGAAAGAGAGUAGAUUUUUCUGGCAGAACAGUCAUCUCACCUGACCCCAACCUCCGAAUUGAUGAGGUAGCUGUGCCAGUUCACGUGGCCAAAAUUCUGACAUUUCCUGAGAAGGUAAACAAAGCAAACAUCAACUUUUUGAGGAAACUGGUUCGAAAUGGCCCUGAAGUUCACCCAGGAGCCAAUUUCAUUCAGCAGAGACACACGCAGAUGAAAAGGUUUCUGAAAUACGGAAACAGAGAAAAGAUGGCCCAGGAGCUCAAGUUCGGGGACAUUGUGGAGAGGCACCUCAUAGAUGGAGACGUGGUCCUGUUCAACCGGCAGCCCUCGCUGCACAAAUUGAGCAUCAUGGCACACCUGGCCAGGGUCAAGCCCCACCGGACUUUCAGAUUUAAUGAGUGUGUCUGUACACCCUACAAUGCAGAUUUUGAUGGAGAUGAAAUGAACCUUCAUCUUCCUCAAACAGAAGAAGCUAAAGCAGAAGCCCUUGUUCUCAUGGGGACUAAAGCAAACCUUGUAACACCAAGAAAUGGAGAACCACUAAUUGCUGCUAUUCAGGAUUUUCUGACAGGUGCCUAUCUCCUCACUCUUAAGGACACUUUCUUUGACCGAGCCAAAGCUUGUCAGAUCAUCGCUUCAAUACUGGUGGGCAAGGAUGAGAAAAUUAGAGUUCGUCUCCCACCCCCCACAAUACUAAAGCCUGUCACCCUGUGGACGGGAAAGCAGAUCUUCAGCGUCAUCCUCAGACCCAGCGAUGACAAUCCAGUGAGGGCCAACCUCCGAACCAAGGGCAAGCAGUACUGCGGCAGAGGAGAGGACCUCUGUGUCAAUGACUCCUAUGUCACAAUCCAGAACAGCGAGCUGAUGAGUGGCAGCAUGGACAAAGGAACACUGGGGUCAGGAUCCAAGAACAACAUUUUUUACAUUUUGCUGCGAGACUGGGGGCAGAAUGAAGCUGCCGACGCGAUGUCACGGCUUGCCAGGCUGGCUCCCGUCUACUUGUCUAACCGUGGAUUCUCAAUCGGGAUUGGUGACGUCACACCUGGCCAAGGGCUGCUGAAGGCCAAGUAUGAGUUGCUGAAUGCUGGCUACAAAAAAUGCGAUGAGUAUAUCGAAGCCCUGAACACAGGCAAGCUGCAGCAGCAGCCCGGCUGCACCGCCGAGGAGACUCUGGAGGCUUUGAUCCUGAAGGAGCUGUCCGUGAUCCGUGACCACGCAGGUAGCGCCUGCCUCCGGGAGCUGGACAAGAGCAAUAGCCCCCUCACCAUGGCGCUGUGUGGUUCCAAAGGUUCCUUCAUUAACAUAUCACAGAUGAUUGCCUGUGUGGGACAGCAAGCUAUCAGUGGCUCUCGAGUGCCAGAUGGCUUUGAAAACAGGUCCCUGCCUCACUUUGAAAAACACUCAAAGCUCCCAGCUGCCAAAGGCUUUGUGGCUAAUAGCUUUUAUUCCGGUUUGACACCAACCGAGUUUUUCUUCCACACGAUGGCUGGCCGGGAAGGUCUGGUUGACACGGCCGUGAAGACAGCUGAAACAGGAUAUAUGCAGAGAAGGCUCGUCAAGUCCCUAGAAGAUCUUUGCUCACAGUAUGACCUGACAGUCCGCAGCUCUACGGGCGAUAUCAUCCAGUUCAUUUACGGGGGAGACGGCUUAGAUCCUGCAGCCAUGGAGGGGAAAGAUGAGCCCUUAGAGUUUAAAAGGGUUCUGGACAACAUCAAAGCAGUCUUCCCGUGCCGGAGCGAGCCUGCUCUCAGUAAGAACGAGCUGCUCCUCAGCGCCGAGUCCAUCAUGAAGAAGAACGAGUUUCUCUGCUGCCAGGACAGCUUCCUGCAGGAGAUAAAAAAGUUUAUCAAGGAGGUUUCUGAGAAGAUCAAGAAGACCAGAGAUAAAUACGGCAUCAACGACAAUGGCACAACAGAGCCCCGUGUGCUGUACCAGUUGGACCGGAUCACCCCAACCCAAAUAGAGAAGUUUCUGGAGACAUGUAGGGACAAGUACAUGAGGGCACAGAUGGAGCCAGGUUCCGCGGUGGGUGCACUCUGUGCUCAGAGCAUUGGUGAGCCAGGCACCCAGAUGACCCUGAAGACUUUCCACUUCGCAGGCGUGGCCUCCAUGAACAUCACCCUGGGCGUGCCCCGCAUCAAAGAGAUCAUCAACGCCUCCAAGGCCAUCAGCACUCCCAUCAUCACAGCACAGCUGGACAAGGACGACGAUGCAGAUUACGCUCGUCUGGUGAAAGGGAGAAUUGAGAAAACCCUCUUGGGAGAGAUUUCAGAGUACAUUGAAGAAGUGUUUCUUCCUGAUGAUUGCUUCAUUCUCGUCAAGCUCUCCCUAGAACGGAUCAGACUUCUGAGGCUGGAAGUGAACGCUGAGACGGUGAGGUACUCCAUCUGCAUGUCCAAGCUGCGCGUGAAGCCCGGCGACGUGGCCGUGCACGGGGAGGCGGUGGUGUGCGUCACCCCCCGAGAGAACAGCAAGAGCUCCAUGUACUACGUGCUGCAGUUCCUGAAAGAGGAUCUCCCCAAGGUGGUGGUGCAGGGCAUCCCGGAGGUGUCCCGAGCUGUCAUCCACAUCGAUGAGCAGAGCGGGAAGGAGAAGUACAAGCUCCUGGUGGAGGGUGAUAACCUGCGGGCCGUCAUGGCCACCCACGGCGUGAAGGGCACCCGGACCACCUCCAACAACACAUACGAGGUGGAGAAAACCCUGGGCAUCGAAGCUGCCCGGACAACUAUCAUCAACGAGAUCCAGUAUACGAUGGUCAACCACGGCAUGAGCAUCGACCGGCGGCACGUGAUGCUGCUGUCCGAUCUCAUGACCUACAAGGGUGAAGUCCUGGGCAUCACCAGGUUUGGCCUGGCCAAGAUGAAGGAGAGCGUGCUGAUGCUGGCCUCGUUUGAGAAGACGGCCGACCACCUCUUUGAUGCUGCCUACUUUGGGCAGAAGGACUCUGUGUGUGGGGUAUCUGAAUGCAUCAUCAUGGGGAUCCCCAUGAACAUUGGCACUGGACUCUUCAAGCUGCUCCACAAGGCCAACAGGGACCCCAGCCCUCCCAGGAGGCCCCUCAUCUUCGACACGAGCGAAUUCCACAUCCCCCUUGUCACCUAGUCCAGGAAGAGGAGGCUGUACCUGACCCUGGCUCCUUGUCAACUGGAAAAGGGCUGGAGGCCAGCAGCCAACCCAUGAGCUUUGUGCUCCCCGGGACCGAGGCCCUGCUGCGCCCACCAUGCUGGCUGUUGGAGAUGGUUCCUGGAGUCCUGGGAGCCGCUCAUCCCAUGACCCCAACCAUAGCACAGUGCUUGGUGGGGUAAACUGGGAUUUUUCUGUCUGUUUGAAACCUGCUUAAUCUGGGGACAACUCUGCACCUCCUGCCCACCCCACCUCCAUGGACUUGUGAGGAGGCCCCAGCCAAGCAUCUCUGCUCAUUUCCACCUCCCCUGUCCCUCCAUCCACUCACAGGGGUCCCAACCUGACCAGGAGCCAGUUCUAAGCCCUAAAGCCAGGGCACAUCUCAGUUCUUCUGUUCCCCGGUCAUGCUGGCCUCCCAAUGUGACAUACUAAUAUAAAUAUUGUUCGUAUUAUUUAUUUGUUCACUGAA